CAAUCUAAAAAGCAAGGUAUGUUGUCAUAAGAUAGUCCUGUGUACAUUAAGUGCACCUAAUGACCUUGAUUGUGAACCCAUAUGAAAAGAAAGUGAUCAUGCAACACUUUGCAAUAAAUUGAAAUCCCCUAAGAAUAAAGAACAUACCUGUUUUACAUUUUUAUUUUUAAUACGAAUCUGUAUACACUGUUUAAUGUACCAUCUGUCACACAGGAUGUUUCAGCAUUUCUGAAGAGCAUGUCAGAUAAAACAUCAAGCACAUCAAUGAUGUUUGCUGUUCAGGAUGACUACUAUAACAGACAUAAAAAAACGAAACGAGGAGAAAUGCAAGAUGGCCAAAGGUUGGAAAAUUCCAAUUGCAGCGAUAAAACCAGAAGCACUGCACAUAAUUAAUGAUAAAUUCAAUCUUGAAUGGCCAAUUCAUGAAAGUGAAGAUUCUGGGGAUAAUGCAACAUCUGAUCAGGCAAUAACUGAAGAAGAAGAGGAGGAAUUAAAUAAUGUAGAAGAAAGGCUGAUUAAUCUAGGAAAAGAUUUUGUAAACACCUUGUGUGGUAGCACCAAUGAAUCAGAAAGAAAAAAUGAGCCUGCCCCUUCCUUCUUAUCACCAAACACAGCAAAAUGGUGGACAACACUAACACCAAAUAGAAAAGAAGUAUUUCAAAAGGGUGUCCAAGCUGGGAUAAACUUUCGACCUUUGAAGAAGAGACAGACCCUGACCCAAAAAUUACAAAAGAUAAGGCCAAGAAAUGGCUAUUUGCAGAGGGGACAGUCGGAGUCCAAACAAGAAAAGGGAAUGUGUAAAGUUAACAGCACUACCAAUGGAAGAAGAACCAUGGCAGUGCAACGAUUGCGCAUAAAAAACUUUAUUUGUAUAUUUAAACUGACAGUGCCAGAUGAUUUCUGGUAGUUUCGUACUCUUGUCAUUCA